AUGUAAGUUUUCCCAACACAAACAAAAGAAAAUGAAAAUCUGAACUCUGAAAGCAAGUAAGAAAUAGAUUAUUAGAUAUAUAGUCAAUUGCAUCAACUCUCAACAUCUAUUGGCCUCUAAUCAUAAUAAGAAACUGAUGAAGAAAUCAAAUCAUUCUUUCAUUUAAGUGUCAUUAUGAUUGCUAUUCAAAGUGGUAACUUUGCACUUGGUUAUUCACUAGCAUAUUUAUCAAUUUCAUUCACAACAUUAUUUUCACAAAUGUAGAUUAAUAUAUAAAUAAAAGUACAUUGCAGGGUUCUGAAAUAGAAGAAUAAGGAUUAUUUAGUGCUGUAUUAUCUAUAGGUCAAAUUAUUGGUGCUAUUAUGACAUAGCCACUGCUUAAAUAUACAACAAGAAACUAAUCUCUUUUGAUUUCAGAUGCAUUUGGUAUCAUAAGCAUCCUUCAAAUAAUUCCGAAUAGAGAAGUUAUUCUUGCUUUUCGUUUCAGUUUUGGUGUUUGUUUGGGUAUUUCUACAAUAAUAAUGCCACUAUAUUUAAAGGAAUUGUGUCCUUAAAAAUAUUAUGAAUCUUUUUCAGUUAUGGCUGGCUUUCUGGUUGGAGGAGGAUAUUUAUUUGUUACUUUUUUAGGUUUAGGUUACAUAGAUGAUUCUUUAAAUGGUUCUGAUUCUAAUUAUUGGAAAUUCAUUUUUGCCUUUCCUGCUUUAUUACACUUUUGUAGAUCUUUUAUACUUACAUUUCUAUAUAAAAUGGAUAGUCCCAUAACUCUAAUUCAAAGGGAUAAAGAUAUAUUAGCAAAAGAAAUAUUAAGAAAAAUUUAUCAACCAUAAUAUAUAGAUUAAGCAUUUUUAGAAUGUAAAUUAGGAGUUCAAAAAAACAUCGAAUUAGGAGAAGGGAUACUCAGUAUUUUCACUAAAAAGCAUAGAACAACAGUAAUAAUUGGCUGUGUACUUGUUUUUGUUUAUACUUGGUCAGGAUUAUUUGCAUUAUUUUCUUAUAGUUCAUAAAUAUUUUCAGAAAUGUCAAAGGAUGAUACUACAUUGAAUGCAAUAUUUAAUUUAAUUAUUGGAAUAGUAUAAUUUGCUCCUGCUUUUAUAUCUAAAUAUGUUUAUGGAAGAUGGGGUAAGAGAUCCUUGUUAUUAUUUGGACUUACUGUCCUAAUUUUAUGUUAGAUACUUAUUAUUGGACUUAGUUAUUCCUAAGAAUUAUCAAUUGUCGUUAUUUCAUUUAUUGUCAUCUGUAUCUUUUCUUUCUAAUAUGUAUUGACUUUGGAACCAAUUACUUGGGUAAAGUCUUUAAUUUAUUAAGUCUAUGAUUCCGGAAAUCAAUUCAAGUGAAGGGACUUACUUCUGUUUUGUUACUUUAUAUGCUUGGUAAUUGUUAGUUUUGUAUAUUUUUCCAUUGAUGUUGGAUACUUUGGCUAUGAGUGGAUCAUUUAUUGUUUUCUUAAGUCUCACAUUAUUAUCAACAACUUUCUUUUAUUUUUUUGUUAAAGAAACAAAAGGAUUAACACAUAAAGAAGUUGAUAAAAUCUAUGGAAAAGAUUGA